AGCGUUCAUCUGCGUGUGUAUGUCACGUGCCAGGGGUGCGACCGAAAGAUGGCGGCGCGCGGCGGCGUGGAGGAGAUGCGGAACCGCGUGAUACUUGGGGAGUUCGGGGUCCGGAACGUUCACACCACGGACUUUCCCGGCAACUACCCCGGGUACGACGACGCGUGGGACCAGGCCAAGUUCGAGAAGAAUUUCCGGGUGGACGUAAUCCAUAUGGAUGAGAACACGCUGGAGUUCGACAUGGUGGGGAUCGACGCAGCCAUCGCCAAUGCCUUCCGGCGUAUCCUGCUCGCUGAGGUGCCAACAAUGGCUGUAGAAAAGGUCUUUGUGUACAACAACACAUCCAUCGUGCAGGAUGAGAUCCUGGCCCAUCGCUUGGGCCUCAUCCCCAUCCGAGCUGACCCACGCCUCUUUGAAUAUAAGAACCAAGGUGAUGAGGAAGGCACAGAAAUUGACACGCUGCAGUUCCAGCUGAAAAUCAAAUGCAGCCGGAACCCUCACUCAGCCAGGGAGUCAUCUGACCCCAAUGAACUCUACAUUAAUCACAAAGUGUACAGCAAACACAUCACGUGGGUGCCCCUGGGAAAUCAAGCAGACCUGUUCCCAGAUGCAGAUUUGCGGCCUGUUCAUGAUGACAUCCUUAUUGCCCAGUUGCGGCCUGGCCAGGAAAUUGAUGUGCUCAUGCACUGUGUCAAAGGCAUAGGUAAAGACCAUGCCAAGUUUUCUCCAGUGGCCACAGCAAGUUACCGGCUGCUGCCUGACAUCACUCUGCUGCAGCCCAUCGAGGGGGAGGCGGCAGAGACGCUGAAGAAGUGCUUCUCCCCGGGAGUUAUUGAGAUUCAGAACAUCAAAGGGAAGAAGGUGGCAAGAGUGGCCAAUGCUCGGAUGGAUACGUUUAGCCGGGAGAUCUUUCGUCAUGAUGAUCUGAAAAACCUUGUGCGCUUGGCACGAGUGCGAGAUCACUACAUCUUCUCAGUGGAGUCUACAGGUGUCCUGCCUCCAGAUGUGCUGGUGAGCGAAGCCAUCAAAGUGCUGAUAGGGAAAUGUCGACGGUUCCUGGAUGAGUUGGACUCCAACCACAUGGACUGAGCAGUUCAGGACACCAUGUUUGAGAAGCAGAGACUGAUUCUAUUGACCUGGGAUUGGGGCAGGGAUUGUUUCCAGCCCACAAGCCUCUGUAAACAAGAGGGGUACCUUUUGUUACCAAGCAAUGGGACCAUCCAUCACCUGUUCCCCAUACUGUAUGUAAGCAAGCAUGUGGACACAUUAGAAAUGAAGGUGUGCCUCCACUUCUAGUAGUGUACGUGCACUAGCAGGAGCCUAGGAAAGUCUUAUGGCUCAUUUUUCUAAGGGGUUUCAGCAUUUGCAGAGGCUGGCCACUAGGCCUUACUGAAGGCCCUAGAUCUUCUAAAUCAGUGGUCCCCAAUGCAGUGCCCACUGGGGCAUUUAUUUGUGCUCGCCUACUGACAAGGGAGCACCCCACCACCAAGGGGCGCGGCUGGAGAAGCAGCAACACCAAGAAGCAUCGCUGUCGAAAUGCCACUGCUUCUUGGCAUUUUGGCGGCUGGUCGUAUGGCACCUGCCACACUGAACAGUUGGGGACCACUGUUCUAAAUGAAGCCUUGCUCAGGAGAAGAGCUAGCUUCAGGCAAAGGCAGAUUAUGUGGAAUUGUUAAUAAAGUAGUGGCUGUUUUAAUUGUUAGACUUCAUUACAUACUUUGCUAGGUAGGAAAGUGGAAAGAGGCACCACUUAAUUCAUUACCAAUAAAAAUGCUAGUGCUGCAACACUUGAGCUGGUGCUUUGAAAUCUGGGCUAAAACACCACCUCCCUUUCUUUCCUCCAGGGUAAGCAAUUGAUGUAUUUGCUACAGUGGUGGUUUGCUCACCAAAGGGAAGAGAGAUGUUAAGACCAUCUCUAUUAAGAUAGGGUCUGCUCUGUGGAAGUUGAAGCAGUACUGCUUACACAGGAGCAUGGGUGCUAGGUCAAGCUGCACAAAGCAUGAAGAAUAAAAACUAAACUGGAAAGUUUGAGAAGAGGAUACUAGCCUGUUCUUAUGGAGUAGGCAUGUGAUCUGUACAACUGCAGAUUUCACAGCUAAUGAAACUCAUAGGAGGGAAAGCAUAGUACUCAAGUAAGGAUCACAUUGACUGGGAGUGCUGCCCUGGCUCUCAGCCUGUUCACUAUACACAAGCAGCUUGCAAUUAAGUAUUAAUCUUUAUUUAGGGGCUUCAGUAGGUGACCAAAAAUAAAGGAAUAUCAGUCUCCCACUAGCCUAAAAAUAAGGCUGCCCAAUUUUUCCCACCUAGGAAAAAACUUUGUGAUUAAAAUGAGAUUUCAGAAGUUAACUUUAGAAACAGUAAUUUGCUGUCACAGUAGGAGCUUAAUACAGGGCAUCUGAUGCCUGCUAGAGCCCUGUACUUCCAUUUUUUAAAAAGGCUCUAGCCUUCUUCCCUGUGGAGACAGACUCCAAACUGUAACCCAGUUGUUUAGCCAAAUAUCUGUGGAAAGAAGUUUUCUAUCAGUAGUGAAGUCAAUCAGGCCAGCAGUUUGCAUAUCAAAAGUGACCCUUUAGCUCUUAGAAGGGAACAAAGGUGGGAGAGAUGGCACCUCUGUUCUCCAGUCCCAGAUUGAGAGAGUUAAAGAGAGGGAAAUCCUAGCAAAGUAUAAAAGCUGGAAGACUGGAUCCAUGUACAUAAUUUAAACAUUUUACCAAACCUUGAAAGUUAGGGAGCAUCUCACAAAACAAGACACUGACUCAAAUCAUCAUCACACCCUUCAUUCUGCCCAAGUAAAUGAACUGACAUUGAAACUGUAUAAUCCCAUAGCCGCACUUGUUAAUAAAAUUAGUACAAAAGCCAAA